GAUGCUCGGCGUCGCGGUACGAUUGCACAUCGCCGCCAUUUUGUAUCUACGAAUUUCUCGGUCAGUUUAUUAAAAAUAACCGUACGUGUCCACUUUUGUGUUCAGUGUAUUAUGUGUGCUAACAAAAAAGUUCUUUAUGAGGUCGUGUUUCCACCGUUUCGUUAUUUACACAAAUGUCUACGAAACUCCGUGUGAAAACCCAAAGACAACCGAGUGUAUAAUAUAGUUGAAGUGUCGAGCUCGAACCGAAAUUGAAAAUUUUAAAUCGAAUAUUAAAAAAUUAAGAAGUAAUCCAUGCAUUCCAAAUUCAAAAACUAACGCUUAUAUAUUAGAUCGUUGCCAUAUUAACAUUAACAAGCUUUUAAGUAAAUCGAUAUUAAGUGAGUAAUUGCAAAUGAAUAAUUGUAUAGUGAAUAAAAAAUUGUGUCAAGAGCAUUAAGUGUGUGUCAAGGGGUUUACAGCAACUUUCCUUUUGUAGAACUGUGACAUCGAUCGCGAUAAAAUAGUGGUGAAUCGUUUUAAAGUGACCUUCGUGCCGCGGGUGAAUUGUGGAAGGAUUUUGGCGGAUCCCUUCACAAUUGUUCGCGAGUUACGCGUGAAACGGAACGUGUUUUUUUAAUUGUAAAAGCCCUGCCCGAAUUUUGAAAUGAUAAGUGUGUGUGUGUAAACAUGUCUACACAAGCGUACUACAAGGAACGCCUAGGGUUUGACCCACAAGAGGACGGUGUGAACGGGAACGCUUACUAUGAGCACCCGUCUCACUCACACCAGCCGAAGAGACACCGCAGCGAAAGGAAUGGCGGCGAAAAGCAUGAUCAGGUCUACGAGGAAAAUUUAACAAAAUUCAAAGGUACAACUUGUUGGGAGUUCUUUAUACAACAGUCAGAUGAAAGAGAUGCCAUACAGAAGAAGACGUUCACAAAGUGGGUCAACAAACACCUGGUUAAGCACUGGAAAUAUGUUAAGACUUAUACGAGGUUGCACGUCUGUGAGAUCGUGAACAACCAGCCGUGUUGUCCACCGCAACAAGUGAACCGACUUGUGAACGACCUUUUCGAAGACCUUCGUGAUGGACUCAGUCUCAUCUCCCUGCUGGAGGUGCUUUCUGGCGAACACCUCCCGCGGGAACGAGGUCGUAUGCGCUUCCACAUGCUGCAGAAUGUCCAGAUGGCAUUGGACUUCCUCCGGUACAAGAAGAUCAAGCUGGUCAACAUCAGAGCGGAGGACAUCGUCGACGGCAACCCCAAGCUGACCCUCGGGCUUAUAUGGACCAUCAUCUUGCACUUCCAGAUAUCAGACAUAGUGGUGGGACAGGAACCGAACGUCACCGCUCGGGAGGCAUUACUGAGCUGGGCUCGGCGGUCUACUGCCAAAUACCCAGGUGUGAGGGUGACCGACUUCACAUCGUCAUGGCGCGACGGGCUGGCAUUCAAUGCGCUUAUACACAGGAACCGUCCUGACCUGAUAGACUGGCGUAAUAUCAGGUCAAGACAAGUGCGUGAGCGCUUGGAGACAGCAUUCCACGUGGUCGAAAAAGAAUAUGGCGUCACCAGGCUGUUGGACCCCGAAGAUGUGGACACCCACGAACCCGACGAGAAGUCUCUCAUCACGUACAUCUCGUCGCUGUACGAGACGUUCCCUGAGCCGCCGGCGGUGCACCCGCUCUUCGACGCCGAGUCACAACGCCGGGCCGCCGCGUACACCGAGCAGGCGGCGCAGCACCGCGCGUGGCUGCACGAGAAAUGCGCACUUAUGCAGGACCGUGCUUUCCCAUCAACUUUGAUCGAGAUGAAAAAGCUGCUCAGCGAGAGCACGCGUUUCCGCAACGAAGAAGUGCCUCUGCGCCAGCGGGAGAAGCAGAAGCUCUUCCAUCAAUACAGGGAAUUAGAAAAAUAUUUCGAAUCUGUGGGCGAGUGUGAUAUCGAGCCCGCGUUACGACCGGACGCCCUGGAACACUCGUGGUCAAGGUUAAUGAUGGCGCACCAAGAACGCGAGCGCGACCUCAGCGAUGAGAUCCGCCGCCUGGAGCGGCUGCAGCGGCUGGCUGAGAAACUACAUAGAGACAUAAAACAAACUGAGGGAGGUCUCGACAACGUCGAGCGACACAUUGAAAGCGAGAUACGACGGGUGGAGCGCGGUGUACACCCAGCCGAGGCCAAGAUGGCCGCCGAACAAAUUGAACAGGACUUGCUCGCCAUGGAGCACACCAUACAAGAGAUGUUCCAGGACUCGCACGCCCUAAGAGAGGGCCGUUACCCACAAGCCAACGAAUUACACAGGCGAGUGCAGCAAGUUCACGACCGUUGGCUAAACGCUCGUCAAGCGUUCACCGGGCGCCUGGUGCCGCGGCUAUCGUCCGUCCGUAUGCCGGUGCAGCAGACCACCGUGCGCCGCGAGACCAGGACCGUCCUGGAGACCAGGGUCCACGAUGCCGACCCCAAGUUCCAGCAGUUGCAGGAGGCGACCAGGUGGUGUAAAGAGAAAUUGAAAAAGCUACACGAAUCCGAAUACGGGUCCGAUCUUCCGUCGGUACAACACGAACUGGACAAGCACCAGAGAGAACACAAGCAAAUAGAUCAGUUCCAUUCAAAGGUGGAACAGUGCGUGCACAACCGCGCUAACUUCACUGGCGAGGAGUUGAACCUCUACAACCAGCACUUGAGUCAGCUGCAAAAGCUGUAUGCUGAAUUGCUCUCUACCAGCACUAAACGCAUGUCAGAUCUAGACGCGCUACAGGACUUCCUACAAUCCGCGACCGCUGAAUUGAACUGGCUGAACGAGAAGGAACAAGUGGAAUUGUCCAGGGACUGGGCGGACCCGCACAUCAACCUACCGGCCGUACAACAUUACUAUGAGCAACUGAUGUCGUCGCUUGAGAAACGCGAACUACAAUUCAGCAACGUCAUCGACAGAGGAGAGGCUUUGAUCGCCCAACAUCAUCCAGCUACUAAGACUAUUGAAGCUCACCUACAGGUGAUGCAAUCGCAGUGGGCGUGGGUACUCCAACUGACACUCUGCUUGGAGACCCAUCUGAAGCACACCACGCAGUACCACAACUUCUUCGAGGAGGUCAAGGAAGCAGAGAAAUGGAUACAGAAACGCGAAGAAGCCCUCAACAGUACAUUCUCCCAAUCAGAGUUCACGCUUGACCAAGGCGAACGACUCCUCAAGGGAAUGCAAGAUCUACGCGAAGAGCUUAACGCUCACGGUACGAUGGUAACUCGCCUAGUCGAGGAAGCACAAGAAAUUAGACCUGUGAAGCAGAGGAAGGCACCGAUCACCAGGCCUCUAAGGGCUGAGACCGUUUGCGCUUAUAAACAUGCGAACGUGGCCAUAGAGAAGGGCUCCUCAGUGACGGUGAUAGACAACUCCGGGCGUAGCCGCUGGCACGUGCGCGUGGGCGGCGCCGGCACCGAGCUGCAGCUGCCGGGCGUCGUGGUGGCGCUGCCGCCGCCCUGCCAGGAGGCACGCGAGGCCGCUGCGCGCCUGCGCACUGCGUACGACCGGGUGAUACAAUUAUGGCAACGCAAGCAGUUGAGAAUGAGACAGAACAUGAUCUUCGCCACCAUAAAGGUGGUGAAAGGAUGGGAUUUCCCGCAGUUCGUGGCGAUGGGCGCGGAACAGCGUCAAGCCAUCCGCCGGGCGCUGAACGAGGACGCCGAGAAGCUGCUCGCGGAGGGCGACCCGGCUGACCCGCAGCUGCGGCGCCUGCGCAGAGAGAUCGACGACGUCAAUCGCCUAUUCGACGAAUUCGAACGCCGCGCUAGAGCUGAAGAGGAAUCGAAGAAUGCAGCACGCAUCUUCACCGAACAAUCCAGCAAUCUGCUCGAGAGAUUGGAAGUCCUCGAACGACAACUACACGAGAGGAUCGCCAGCCACAUACCAAGGGACCUGGACUCGCUGGAACACCUCGUGCUCCAGCACAAGGACUGGGAAGGAAACCUUCACGCGCUCUCUAGCGACGUGGAAGAAGUCCAGGCCACAUUUAGAGGCAUCGCUCUAAAGACACCGGCCAUGAAGAAGAACUUGGACAAAGUCAUGGGCAAGUGGAACGACAUGCAGUCCAAGAGCCAACUGUUUGUCGAAAGGUUGAAGUUUGUUGAGAUCGUCGUCAGCAGUAUGGAGGAAAAUCAUCAGACAAUAUCGGAAUUCGAGAUUAAGUUGGCUCAGUUCAGUGACCUGCCCAACGACGUUGAACUACUUAAAGACAUACACGAAGACCUGCUCCGUAUGCAAGUGGCGGUCUCCAAGCAGCAGAUCCAGAUCGACCAGAUGAACGACGACGCCGAAAACUGCAGGCGCCUGGUGGAGAGUUCCAGGGCUGCGCUGCCACACUCCUCGCUGCCGAGAUCCGGAAAGCACAUAGAUCUGGAGCGACUCGACAAGGAAAUCUCGCAGCUGAACAACAGAUGGAACAGCGUUUGCAACCAGCUCGCUGAGAGACUUAGAAGUUGCGAAGCGGCGUACCAACUCCUCCGUAACUACAACGCCGGCCUCGAAAAGGAGGCCGAAUGGAUCGACGACAGCUUCGCCAAACUCCAGAGUCAACCGCCAAUUGAAGUUCGACCUAAGGAACAGUUCGAACCAACUAGGAAUCUACUCACAAGCGUGGUUGAGAGGACUCCAAAGAUUGAAAAAGUUAACGUGGACGGUGGAAGGUUCAUAAGGGAGGCGAAGAUUCACUCGUCGAGAUGCCAGCGGUACGCCGAAUGGUUGUGCGACGAGGUGCACCCUUCGCUGGAGAUGAAGCAGCUGCGGCGGCAGGCUGACGUGGAGAUGGCGGAAAGGCUGCGCAGCAGAGGCCUCAGUCCUGACCCUGAGCGGCUACCAACAGGAGCCGAGGCUGUGGCGAGGGAAUUAGACGAAAUAAACGCUAAACACCAGAGACUGUUGGACAUGCUAUAUGAGAGGUUGAGAAGGAUCGCCGCCGCCAACCCCGGAGACAUUGUUACUUUGCGUCUCGUGGAGGCCAUGGCCCCGCGGUCGGCACGCUCUUUCCGCCAGGAGUUUAAUAUGCAGGAUCUGGCAACAACCACUGAACACACGUACAGUACGCAGUACACCUCGGAAAAAUACGUCAGGACAUCGCACACGACAGAGCUAGAUACACCUGUUAAAUCGAUGGCCAAUGGCAAAUUAAAUUCGCCUAAAUAUACUACAAAGACAAUUAUUAAUGAUGACGACAGACCUGAUCUUAGGAAUCUCAAGCGAGUUCAUAAAAUGUAUGAAGGUCCUAACAUUAUUGAAUCUAGGGGAAUUAUACAUCCUGUUACGAGAGAAAUCCUGACAGUUGGUCAAGCAAUUAGCAUGAGAAUACUUGACGUAAGAACAGGGAAACUAUUAUCUUCACCUGAUACAAGACAAACAAUGACCAUAGAACAAGCAGCAAAAGAAGGUCUCAUUGACCCGAAACUAGCUGCCAGAUUAACAGGGCCAUGCGGUAUGACAGAAGACGGUAACGAAGUUACAUUACUGGAAGCGAUUCAACAAGAGCUGUACGAUGCUGAACAAGGUUUAACUGAUCCAGCAGAGAAGAGAAUCAAGGUAACUGUAGAAGGCCAAGCGCCCACCAACCAAGGAAUGAGUAUCUCAGACGCCCUCGAUUGCGGACAAGUAGAUCUACAAAGAGGUCUUUAUAGGCUACCUAACGGAAAUUAUAUAACAAUAUCCGAAGCUUAUCAAAAAGGAUACCUUAUUUACAAUGAGAUUAUUAAAAUUAAAUCGAGCGCUUUGUCUUUAUCCGAUGCUAUCAGUCAAGAUUUAGUAGACAAUAAUGGCUGGAUUUUGGACAGAAAUUCAGGUGAUAGAUUUCAAAUAGACGUUGCUAUCAAAAACGAAUUAAUAAAUUCAAACGUAAGAGAAAUAGUUGAUCCUAAAAAUGAUACUAAAAUAACGCUUGCUGAAGCGAUCGACAAAAAUGUUAUCAAUACAAAACAUUCUAAAUAUAUACAUAACGUUACUAAAGAAAAACUAACUUUCAAAGACGCUGCAAACAAAAAAUAUAUUUGCAAACCCAUGACACUAAAAGACGUGUGUGAUAACAACCUAAUGACAAACGACGGUAAAAUUCUGUCACCUGCUAACAGGGUUCCAUUAAAUAUUUUAGAAUCAAUUUCCGUAGGUGUACUCGAUAGCGACAACAUAAAAUGUAUAACUAAUACAACAACUGGUCAACUACUAACUUUAUCGGAAGCUCUGGCUUCAAAAAUUAUACUGCAUGAUAACAAAUUCCGCGAUAAUCUGACAGGAGAAGUUUGUACUAUUCCUGAAGCAGUUGAUCGUGGUCUUAUAACAUCUGUGUCACAAAGAUCCAUAUUUGAUAUAGAUGGUUUUAGGGAUCCUAAAACAGGGGAAUUUGUUUCUUUCAAUGUAGCUCAUAGUAAAGGUAAUCUUAAAUAUUCCAAUGGAGAAGCUUUUCUUAAAGCUGAAAGUGGUGACUUUGUUUAUUUGGAAGAUUGUACUAAAGUAUCAAUUGUUCGUCCUGAAGUUUUAGAAAUGUUCAAUAGGAAGAUCGGAAUUUACGAAAAUGGUAAAGAGCUUAGUGUAUUAGAUGCAGUUUUCAAAAAUAUUCUUGAUCCAAAAUCAGGAUAUUUACUUGAUGCAACUACUAAAAAACCUAUUCCAUUUAAUAAAGCGGUAGAAAUUAAUAUGAUUACACCUGAAGGUGCUGCUUUAUUAAACUCGCUCCUUAAUAUUACUCUUACACUUCAAACUGUUACAAAAACUGUAAAACGUUACGUAACAGUAACAAACACAAACUCCAGUCAAAGAUCUGAAACUAUUAUUACUUUCGCGGAAGCCGUAAAACUCGGGCUUAUAGAUGAGAAAACUCAAACGUUUACAGAUCCUACUACUGGGACUGUGGUUCCAAUACAACAAGCAUUGGACGAGGGUCUUUUAGGCGUUGAACAAAACGAACCUCGUGUAGUUCAUAUAUCUGACCAAGUCACUAAAAAGGACUUGGUGCCAGGUCAGGUUGUUGAACUUAAAAUUACAAAAAAAUCCUUUAUUAAAGACGUACCCCCAAGCCCAGAAAGCAAAGUUGAACAAGACAGCAGACCAGAGACGGUUAAAAGUCCUGAUUAUGUCACCUAUGAAACUACACAUCCUCGUGAAGGUUUGAUAAAAGAAAUAAAAACUAUUACUUCAAAAUCUAUUGCGACAGAACCAUCGUUCACAUCCAUGACUAUAAAAAGGAAUACGAUCGAACUUCCUCGUGGUGGCUGGACCUUAAAAGAAGCUAUUCAACAAAACCUCUUCGAUCCUGUCAGUGGUGUAUUAACUAUACCUGGCACUGACAGAGUUUUAGAUCUCGAUGAAGCAUUGAAUCUAAAUAUUAUAAAUCCUGACUCUGCUAAAUUCAUUGAUCCUAAAACUAAAAAGGAAAUGCCAUUAAAUAAAGCUUUACAGUUAAAAUUGAUAAGCAAUACAGGUCAUUAUCAAUUUCCAAAUGAAAAAAUUUCAGUAAAAGAUGCAAUAGACCGAAAAAUUAUUAUUUUUAAACAAAUUUCUAUUGUCAAAUCUUCGCAAAAAGUUAUAACUAUUACUUCAGUUGCCGGUAUGCCUGAUAAAAUGGAGAUAUCGGAACUGCAUGAUAUUCCUUCUCAAAAAAUCGUUGAAGAGCAGUCUGUUUUAGAGCCAGUUCAAGUCGUUCCAGGAAUAAUUUUUGAUCCUGCUUCUGCUCUUGUUAUAUCGACUACUUCUGGAGUAUCUGAAAAUAUAUUGGAUGCAGUUGAACGUGGUACGAUUCCAUCUGAUAUUGUUAAAGUUAUAGAGCCACAAACUGGAAAGGAAAUCUCUCUUAAACUGGCUUAUGAUAAAGGAAUAUUGGAUGAAAAAACAGGAGACUACAAAGACAAAUCGGGUAAAAGAAUAGGUCUUACAAAUGCUGCGCAAAUGGGAUUUGUAACCGUAGUCGGAGCUCCUCUAGUUGCUGCAUCAAAGGUUAUUCAAAUUGUAAUGAAUACAAUGAUAGUAGAUCCUAAGACUGGAGAAAAACUUCCAAUGGAAGUAGCAUACGAGAGAGGUCUAGUUGAUUCUACUACAUAUAAGAAAUAUGAGGAAUCCAUCAGAGAAAAAACCCCAGAAGGUGCAAACAAAUUCUUGACAGAAACUGUCAUAGUAUUCGAAGACCCACAGACAGGUGAGAAAUUACCUUUAGAGACAGCAUAUGAGAGAGGUAUAAUAGACGCAGAUACAUACAAUCAAUAUUUAUCGACAAUUAAAGAACGAUCCCCGAUUGGUGAUAUUCGAAGCAUUCCAACUGAAACUACAACGAUAAUGAUCACAGAUCCUAAUACUGGUGAAAAAAUUUCUGUUGAGGAAGCUUAUAGUAAAGAAAUAAUUGACACUAUUACAUAUAAUAAAUAUAAAUCUAUUAAAGAUCAGUCACCAAAUACUUUAGUGUUUGAAAAAUAUGAUGUAGACAAAAAGGCACCUGCAUCUGUAACAACAACCUUUUCUCAAGUCACAAAGCCUUUAUCUGUUGGGGCUGCUGUCUCAGAAGGUUUUAUCACUGUGGAAGCUAUACAAAACAGUCUUUCGACUGAUAAUACAAUAGUUACCAAUGUUUCUUCUGCAAAAUUGAAACCUACAUCCGAUAUAAUUCAAGUCACAAAAUCUAACAAGGCUAAAAAACCAAAAUAUGAUGUGAACAUUGCUAGAUCACAGGUUAUUGAUACUCAAGUUCUAGAAUCAAAACCUGUUGUUUUACAGAAACUAAGAAAACGAGUAAUAACACCUUUAGAAGCUGUAGAGAAAGGUUUAAUGAACAAAGAAACUGCAAAGAUUUUAGAAUCCGUAAAAACUUUUAAAGAUAAUAAUGGAUCUUCACUAACUUUGGACAAGGCGAUUGAAAAAGGUUUUAUUGACCACAGUAACGGUAAAAUUAUCGAUCCUAUACAUGGAGAUACAAUUACUAUAAAUGAAGCUCUUCAAAGAGGUAUUUUAGAUGGCGAAGGGCAAGAUGAAGUAUUAAUACCUCUGGCCAAAAGUCUUUCAAUACCUGAAGUUUUGGAACAAGGUUUAUUGGACCCUGCUACUGGAAAAAUAAUCCACCCUGAAACUGGCAGCCAUUUAACUCUAAGAGAAGCAAUAAUUUGUGAUAUAGUUGAUCCCAUGACCAUGAUUACAAUAACGCCUAACAAAAAUAUAACAAUUGCUGAAGCAGUAGAGAAACAUAUAAUUGAUGAUGACAAAAACAUAAUAAAAACUAGUGAAGGUGGUUUGAAUUUCAUAUCUGCGGUAAACUUGCAGCUUUUCCCAGAGUCGGACAAUGUAACAAUUGUUGAAAAUAUACCUCCUGCAGCGAUGACAUUAUCUGUGGCGAUUCAAAAACAUUUAAUUAAUCCUUCUACAGGGGACGUUACACAUCCACUAACAGGAAAAAUAAUACCUAUAGGGAAUGCAAUAGAAAGAGAUCUGAUUAUGGCAAUUCCUUUCCCACAAUCAGCAGAAACAAUUACUUUAGAAGAGGCAUUACAUAAAGGCGUUAUUAAUUUACAUGAUGGUACUUACACUGAUCCAAAAACUAAAGAUGUUUUACCACUAAAUAAAGCAUUGGAACAAGGGCUAUUAGCCGUUAAACCCAAUACUGAGGAAAUGCAAGCCAGUGGUGUUGUAACUACAAUCACUGAAACAUUUACAUCUCAACAUACUAUUACAACAAAGAUGAUUGAACUUUUGGCAGAUUAUGUGCUUGUUAAUGCAAAUGAGGUUAAAAAUACAAAAACUGGAGAGAUUAUUUCUAUGGCUCGAGCUCGUCAAGAAGGCAUCGUUAGGGAUGAGCAGACAAGUAAAGAACAGUUUAUUACUAGUGAUACAAAUAUCAGUUUUGAAGAUGCUAUAAAUCUUGGAUAUAUUAAUAUUGAACAAGGAACUUUCACUCAUCCAAAUACUGGUGAAAUUUUAACUAUUUCAGAAGCUGUUACCAGUGGAGUAUUGAAAACAGAAGUAACACCGACAGAAUCAUCAAAAACAACUCCGUCCAAGAAAGAAAUGGAAAUGCUUAGUUUAAAUGAAGCAUUUGAGCUCCUAUUUGAUGAAAAAUCUCAAAAGUUCAGAGAUCCAAAGUCACCAAAUAAAGUGUUAACCUUCGAAGAAGCUCUAAAGAGAAAUAUAAUUGACCCUGAAUCUGUCAUAUAUGAUGUUGAAAGUGGCAAACCUUUAACUUUACAAGAAAGUUUAAAUAUAGGUUUAAUUGAUAAAAAAACUGGACAAGUUAAAGAACCUAAAACGGGCAAAUCAGUUGAUAUUAAAAAUGCUGCUAAAAUGGGUUUAAUAGCAGUAGUAGCUGCACCUGUUCUAGCGGGUAUGGCAGUAGUACAAGGAGCAAAGACAAUAACCAGUAAAAUAUUAAAGCCUAAAGAGCAAAAUACUAUUGAAAUAGAUGCAAUUAGUCAUGUCCCAGAAAAAAAAUCAUUUAAAUCUUCAGAUAGGGAUAUUUUAAAACUAGAAACUGUUACAAAAACAAUUCAACCUUCUCAAGAAACGACCUUUGCGCCUGCAGAAAAAAAUGUAGUAGAAGAAUUGAAGGAUAAAUUGCCAACAAAAAGUCAAGCGGCCUAUAUUGAUGUUCGUCUAAAAGAAAAGGAACAUAGCGAAAGAGAAGAACUUGGGUUAAAGAAACGGACUGAUGAAAUAGCAAGCAAAAAUCCAGUUGAAUCAGUGCAAGAGUAUCGAGAAAUUACCCCAGAAGGUGAAGAAAUUAUUACUGUAGUUAAAACAGUAGUUUCUAAAGCAGGUACUUCUGAGAGCGAAUAUGGUAUAAAGAGCAGUUUAAUUGCUGAAGAAUUACAAAUAACUCCAGAGACUGAUGAAAUUAUGACAAUUACGAAGACUGUUGUAACGAAAAAGGAAUCUGAGGAUCUUAAAAAUUCACAGGAGUUAUUUAAAGAUGAUCAAAGUUCAGUAAGUGAAUUCAAACAAAACCUAUUUGCUGGGUCCACUACUGCCGAUGUAUUACAUCAAAAAACAACUGAUGAUGAUGUAAUAUCUGUUGUUAAAACUGUUGAGUCUAAAACGGAGCAGUCGGAUAGUGUAAUAAUUGAAAAGGUGAAAGUUUGUCAAUAUGAUAUGGAUAGUAAUGUAGCGCCAAUUAAAAAUAUUGAAAAAAUACCUGAAAAAGUAUCUAAAAUACCCGCUGUAAGUGAGAAAUUUGACACCGAUACAAAAGAAACUGAAAAACCUGUAGAACUAAAAUCUAAUAAUGAGAGUAACAAUAAAACAUUAGAUAAACUAAACUUAAAUGAAAAUGUUCCACAAACGGUCACUUCGUGUAAAGAUCAACAGCAAUUUACCUUUAAGGAACCAGGGCAAAUUAGUGAUACCAAAGAAAUUGUUGCAAGUAAACCCAUUGUUGAAGAAUAUCGUCAAACAACUCCAGAAGGUGAUGAAAUUACAACAGUUGUAAAAACUGUUAUGACAACAACAGAACCAACUGAAUAUAUUACUCAACAUUCUAGUACAGUAAUUGCUACAAAAGCUUCUCAAAUAACUACAGUUGAAAUUACUCAAAACGAAUCGACUUCAUAUCGUAUUGUUUCUGAAGUGAGUGAGACACAGGAUGUAAAUAAAAGUCAAAUUGACACUCUAGAUAAGGUAGACAAAACUAUACUGGAUAAAAAUGACAAACUACUAAUAAAAAAAGACGCAGGACCUGAAAAUUUAUCAUCUAAAGAAUUUAUGACCUCCGUUAUCGAAAAGGAUAAAGAAAUUGUUGAUAAAAAGAAGGAAAAUAUUGAAUCAAUGAAACCUCUUGAAGUGGUGCCUGGAGUAAUUUACGAUCCUAAUACGUCAGUUAUUAUUUCUUCAACCUCAGGCAUUUCUGAUAAUGUAUUAGAGGCAGUCGACAAAGGUAUUGUUCCAUCUGAGAAGGUGAAAAUUUUGGAUCCAAAUAGUGGUAGAGAACUAACUUUUAAGGAAGCAAUAAAUAAAGGUAUAGUUGAUAAAAAUACUGGAGACGUAAAAGAUAAAUCUGGCAAUAAAAUAAGCUUUGCUGACGCAGCUAAGAUUGGACUUGUUGCUAUUGUGGGUGCACCAAUUUUAGCAGCGACUAAAGUGAUCGAAGUUGUAAAGAGCGCAGUAGUUGUUGAUCCAAAAACCGGUGAAAAAGUGCCACUGGAGAAGGCAAAAGAACUUGGUAUGAUCGAUUCCAGUACGUAUAAAAAGUAUGAAGAAAUUGUCAAGAAGCAAACUCCAAUUGAAUUUCCAGGUGAUAUUGCUGAUAACAGCUCAAUAAAAGAAUCAAAAGAAGACAUAUUAAAACAUCACGUUAUUACUACAUUCGAACCAAGCCAAGAAAUACAUACAAAAGGAACUACUGAACAUAAACCCUUACCUACUGUGAGUAGUUCUAUUACUACUGAAGAUAAACUCUUAGAUUUAUACCCAACCAAACACCCAAUAUCAGAAACAAACGUAAAAAAUGCAUCGGCUUUACUUAUAGAUGCCGAAAAACAACCAUUACGUGUUAUCGAAGAAAUUACAGAACAAAAUGUCACUAAAGAGAAAUUGGAAUCCAUAAAACCACUUUACGAAAACGUCCCAUUAAUAGAAGCUAUCACACAAGGAAAAAUAGAACCUAAAGUAUGUAGAAUUGCCGUAAAUGGUAUUGAAUCUCCAUUAACUGUUCAGGAUUCUUUAGAUCAAAAUCAGAUAAGUAAAUAUACUCCAAUUGAUAUUUUAUCCAAGAAUUAUGUCCUUAUAAAAGAAUCAAAACCAAAAUACAGUGUAGCAAUCUCUAAAAAAUUAACUCCAGAAGAACUAUCUGAAAUGGGUAUCUACGAUAUUGAAAAACAAAUAUUCUUAAAUCCUGAAACAGGUAUAAAAAUAUCUUUUGAAGAACUUGUGUAUAGUUUACAGAUCUUUGACCCUGAAAACAUUUUAGUAAAAGAUCUAGGUUCUAAAUCCGAUAAUUAUAUUACAUUCAAUGAAGCAAUUGCAAAGCCUAUUAUUGAUAAAAGUUCUGGUCACAUGGUUAAUCCCAAAACUGGUCAACGCAUACCGUUCUUAAAAUGUCUGCAGUUAGGUUGGAUAGUAGAAAAACCUGAAGACAUGACUAUUACUGAACAAAUCUCUAUAGAAACUGCUUUAGAGCAAGGACUAUAUAAUCCCAAAACUGGUGAAAUUACAGACGUUAACACCGGCGAAUUGGUACCAAUUGCAGUAGCAAUCGAAAAGGGCCUUGUAGAUCCUGAAUCUUUACUUAUUAAUAUACCACGUACUACUGAAAGUAUAUCAUUGUUAGAUGCUGUAGAAAGAGGUAUAGUAGAAAUUCAUGAAGGUGUAAUAACUAUAAUAGAAACAAGAGAAACAAUUGAAAUAUCAACGGCUGUAAAAACAGGCAUAGUAACUAUUAUUCAGAGACCAAUUUCUAUAGAAGCUGUCAUUGUUAAUAACAUGUAUGACCCUAAAGAAGGUAAAAUUAAAGACAAAUUAACACAGCAACUUGUUAAUAUUGAGGACGCAGUACAUCGAAACAUUGUACAUCCUACAAUUUCUGAAAUCAAAGAUACAGCAUUAGAAAAAUUUGUCCCCCUUUCGGAAGCUCUCGACACGAAUUUAGUCAAUUCUAAAACGGGUAAAAUUAUAGACAAAAAGACUGGUAAAAACAUUCCAUUAGACGAUGCGUUAAAGAAGGGUUUAGUGGCAACAAAAGCAGUCACAUUUUCUUUAUUUGAUAUCAUUGAGUUAGGUUAUUAUUCGCCAGAUACAUGUAGAAUUUUGAAUCCAAAAACAGGAAAAUUAAUUACUUUAAAUGAAGCUAUUGACGAUAAACUUGUCAAUCCUUCUGAUGUUAAAGUAAAAGAUGAUAAAUCUGAGGCCGUCAUUCCAUUUGACCAAGCGGUCAAAACAGGCUUAAUAGAUUUACAACAGGGCAUACUAACUUCCCCUAUUUUUAACCUUAAAGACGCCAGUGAGAAAGGUUACCUUUUAAGUGACAAGAAACCAUGGACUUUACAAGAAGGUUUGGUUCAAGGUUUUUAUGAUCCCGAAACAGGUCUUCUAACAAUUAAUAACGUAACGAUGACUUUAGAGGAUGCUAUAAAAAUUGGUAAUAUUAACCCUGAAGCCUUGACCGUUAGAAAUUCUAUAACAGGGGAAAUUAUUUCUUUAACCGAUGCAAUAAAUGUAGGUAUUAUAGAUUCAAAAGAAGGUAAAGUCUGCGAUCCUAUACAGGGUGAUAAAAUCUCUCUCACAGAUGCCUCAGAUCGUGGGUUGAUAGUUCCUGCUAAACGUAAACUUAGCUUACCGGAAGCAAUUUUCAAAGGUUUUUAUGAUCCAAAAACUGGUAAAUUUUCACAUCCGCAAAGCAAAGAAAAAAUUCCUACAGAUAGAGCUAUUAAAAAGCGUAUGAUAGAUCCACAAUCUACUUUAGUACAUGUAGCAGGGAAAGUUAUUCCAUUUGAAUUUGCAGUCGAUAAAGGUAUUAUCGAUGGUAGAACAGGUACAGUGAUAUUAGGAGAUGAAAAGGUUGAUUUUAGAGAAGCCUUCGAAAGGGGAUUAUUAGUUGAAGUCCGAAAGCCUCUAUCGCUUAUUGAAGCUCUGGAAAAGGGCGUUUACAAUGAAAUCAGUGGACUCUUUUUGGAUCCUCAAAGUGGCAAAAAAUACACAUUAACAGAAGCUAUUAAACUGAAUUUAAUUGAUCCUCAGUCAGUGCACAUUCAAGAUAACAGAUUAGGUAAAUGGGAUAAACUUAGUCUAUCUGAAUCAAUUAAAACUGGUGUUAUUGACGAUAAAACAGGUAAAAUCAGGAACAUAAAUAACGAAAACGAAGAAAUUAGCCUUCGCAAAGCUUUUGAAAUUGGGUUACUUGUUGAUAGUAAAGCAUCUAUUAGCCUACAAAGAGCUUUACAUCAAGGUUUAUAUGAUGAUAGUACUGGCAAAAUUAUAGAUCCAACUACUAAUCGUAAAAUUACACUUCAUGAAGCUAUUAGGCGAUCUAUUAUUAGUCCCAAAUAUCUUUGCUAUUUUGAUAAAAAGUCGGAAAAGCCUCUUACCUUGGCGGAGUGUUGUCGUAGCGAAAUCGUAGAUAGACGAAGUGGAAAAUUCCAUGAACCAGGCUCCGAUGUUAAAAUACCGUUAUCGGAAGCUAUGAGUUUAGGCCUUGUAGUAGACAUCGAAAGCGCAGGAUUUACUCUCUAUGAAACAUUAGCAAUGAAUAUGUAUGAUAUAACUGAAUUUGUAUUUGUUCAUCCAGUGACAGAAAAAAAGAUAUCAUUAAAAUCCGCUAUUGUGGAAGAACUUAUUAAUCCCGAAACUUCACUAGUAAAACAUAUUCCCACGAGUAAGUAUAUAAAACUAAAUGAAGCUAUACAAAAUGGUAUUGUAGACGAAGUCAAUAGUGUAUACAUAUUACCGAACGGAAACCAAAUCAAUUUAUUAGACGCUAAAUAUCGAGGUUUAGUAGUAACUACAAAGAAAAAUUUAAGUCUUGAAGAAAUCGUAAGAAAUGGCCUCUUUAGACCCGAUAAUGGCAAAAUUGUUGAUCCCACCACUAAUGAAUUUAUUGAUAUUAAUAAAGCAAUAGAAAUUAAUUUGUUAAACCCUGAAUUAACAGUUGUUAAAGACAAUUUCACCAACAAAUUUAAACCACUACCAAUUGCUAUUCAACAAGGUGAUGUUGAUGUCAGUAAAGGUAGAGUUUUAGAUACAAAAGCAAAGAAAACUUAUAGCUUGGACAUAGCCUUUGAUAAAGGCCUUCUAGUAACUGUCGUUCAACCCAUUACUUCUCAAACUGUAACUAAACGUUACGUACAUGAUUCUACUACGUCAAAGGAACCGAUCCUCAGGGAAUUCACGUUAGAGGAAGCCAUAAGAUACGAAUUUAUUGAUCCCGAUACGGCUGUAAUAAAAGAUCCUCAUAAAAAUAAGUACAUUCCAUUAAGAUUAGGUAUUAGUGAAGGUAUUAUAGAUAAAAACGCAAAAGGUUCAUUCGAUACUCAAAACAGGUCACGUACGCUUUGCUUUGUCUUUGAAAAUGGUUUGAUUGUAUACGUGAGAGAACCUCUAUCGUUUGAGCAAGCAAUUGAAAACGGUCAAUUAAAUGUUAAUAUCGCUCGAUUUACUGAUCCACAUUCCAGAGAAAUGUUAACCAUUAAAGAUGCAGCUAUUUUAGGAUAUAUAGAUUCUGACACAGCGCUCAUUAAAGAUAAUCUCAAGAAGAGGUUAGUGAAACUCCCCGAAGCAUUCCGCAAAGGUCUAAUGGAUGCAGAAAAAGGCAACAUCUUAGACACAGAGACCUCCAAACUUAAUACCUUAUCAGCAUCAAUAGAAUCUGGAUUGUUAAUGACUCCGAAGAAAAGUUUCAGUUUAAUAGAAACAUUAAACUUUGGUAUUUACAAUCCAACAACCGGAGCACUAAACGAUCCAUUUAUUACAACAAGUGUGAUGGAUAGAAAAAGAUUAAAUUUAGGCGAAGCUAUCCAACAAGGCAUUGUUGACCCAUCUAGUACAGUCGUCAAAGAACCAGAGACAGGAAAAAUAUGGCCAUUGGUUCAAGCUAUCGAACAAAAACUCGUUGAUCCUGUGGAAGGCAGACUGGUUAUAAAUCCAACUAAAGAAAUAAGUCUAGACUUAGUUAAAGCUCUUAAAAAGGGAUAUUUGCUGCCAGCAGAAACGAGGCAAGCAGUUGAAGAGAAGUACAGGCUUUGCGAUGAGACGCUUUCUAAGUUACUGGAAUGGAUCGCCGUGGUUGAAGAGAGAUUGGCCAAUCAGGAAGCGGUUAAGGAAGACUUAGACGAGUUACGCAACCAAAUUAACAUUCUCAAGCUGAUCAAGGAUGAUCUGGAGAGUCACCAGCGUCAGGUGUCCGCGUGUGCUGACCAGGCGAAGCAGCUGUUGGUCUCCGGAGGCGAUGUACUCGCCCCGCACGAGGUGGCAGCACUGGAGCGCGGUGUGCGCCAGUUGAAGCAACGCUUCGACAAGUGCACUGAGAAAUGCGAUAAGAUGCUAAGGCGCUUGGCCGCCGCCAGAGACGAACUUGGCAAAUUCAACAACGAACUAACUGCCUUCAACACGUGGAUGGAGGGGGCGUACCGUAUCCUGGAGGAGAAGGAGGCAGCCAUAUCUAAACUGGACAAGCUGCCUAACCAGGGUGACGAUGUGAAAGACUUCGUGUCCGACGUGAUCGCCCACCAGGCUGAUCUCCGGUUCAUCACCAUGUCCGCUCAGAAGUUUGUCGACGAGAGCAAGGAGUUCCUGUCGCUGCUGAACGAGUACCGCACGUCGCUGCCGUCGCGACUGUCGCACGUGGGCGCGGCGAGUGAGAGCGCCGUCCGCGAGGGGGCGGCGCUGGCGCGGCGGCGGCACGCCGAGCUGGCGGCGCGCGCCUCGCGCCUGCAGGACCGCCUGCGCGCCGCCGCGCUGCUCACGCGACACUACGGCGACGCGCUCGACCGCGCGCACCGCUGGCUCGCAGACGUGGAACCACAAGUUCGCUCGGUAUUGUCCGAACCCGUGGGCGGAGAACCGCGCGCGGUAGAGGCCCAGCUUUCCAAGGCCAAGUCCCUACACAACGAAAUACUCUCGCAAGGACGGCUCAUAGACAACGCCAAGGAUGCUUGCGACCAACUAGUCAAAUCCUUGGAAGGCAACCUAACACCAUCAGAGAUCAGGCAACUCGAAGUGCCCGUCCUGGACCUCACCGCCCGGUACAAAGAACUCACCGGCGCAGUCGGCUCCCGAUGCACCGAGCUGGAAGCCGCUCUACUGCAGUGCCAAGGACUUCAGGAUGCUGCUGAGACUCAGGCCCAUUGGCUGGGACAAGCUGAGAGCAUAUUCAAGAAUCAACAUAAACCGGCAUCACUAAUUCGCGAGCGGCUCGACGAGCAAGUUCGCGAGCAUCGUAUCGCUCAUAGCGAGGUGGAAGCUCGGCGGCCAACGCUCGCCAAACUUGUGAGCAGCGCACGGGAAGCCGCACUCACGCCAUCUAACGCCAGGAUCGCUAAGAAGUUGGAGCAGCGUGCCGAGGAUAUAUACGCUAGAUACGAGAAACUCCUGGAGAGGUCGAUAAAGCGCGCUCAGUUCCUGGACGAGGUGUCGGCCGAGCUGGCGCAGUUCUCGGCGCAGGCGGCCGAGCUGGAGGCGGCGGCCGCCGCGCUGGCCGAGCGAGCUGAUGGACGAGAACUAGCACGCCUGCCCGCCGCCGAACUCGCGCCUAGACACAGGGAACUAGCUAUGCUCAGAGACAAACAAAUGCCAUUGCUCGAGGAAUGCCUGCGGAACGGAAAGCAACUCAUCUCCAAGAAGGAUGUCACCGACACCCACGUCGUCCGUGAUCGUAUGAAGGCCCUGGAGAACCAAUGGCGUGACUUUAACACGUCUCUAGAAGAGAAGCUGAAGUUAUCUAAGCAACGUGCUGACCAACUCAGCCAAUACGAGAGCCUCAAAGCACAAGUACUGGAGUGGUUACAAUCUAUGGAGAACCGCGUGGGUCGCUUACAGCCGGUCGCUGUGGAACUGGACGUGCUAAAACAACAGCAGGACGAAUUGCGCCCACUCACCAAAGAGUACAGGGACUUCUCUGUCACUAUCGAUAAGGUGAACGAGGCGGGCGGCACGUACGAAGCGCUGUCGCGGUCCGAGCGCGCCGACAGCCCGGCACGCAAGCGGCAGCUCUACAGCCCCACCAAGCGCCACACGCCCAGCCGAACUCUAGACGGCCGAUCGCCGUCCCCGACAAAGGGCCACGGAUUAGUGAGUCCCGGAUCGACACACUCCACUUCCAGCGGAUUCUCAUCACGCCGCUCCAGCCAGGAAGGGUUCCAUCUUGAAGAAUUGUCACCAGUACAACAGCAGCUGUCGGAAAUCAACAACCGAUACAGCCUGCUCGGCACCAAGUUGUCUGACCGCCAAGCGGAACUGGACGCCAUCAGGGAGGAAGUCAAGAAGCACUUGGACAGCUUCCGUGCUCUCAACACCUUCCUCGAUAAGGUUCAAAGACAAUUACCCAAAGACUCAGUUCCCAAUACGAAGGAGGAAGCGGACAAGACAAUCAAAGCAGCGCGAGCGGUUCUUGAAGAGAUGUACGAGAAACAAAGCAUACUGGACUCGACCAAGACUCAGGUCCGCGAGUUGCUGCGUCGCAAGCAGAGCGUGCAAGGAGCUGACCGACUACACGACGGGCUGGAGGAAGUCGCUACACGAUGGAAGGCGCUCCAUGACGCCUUCAAGGACAGAAUCCGCCUAAUGGAAGAGAUGAAAGACUUCCACGAUACACAUAGCAACCUUUCUGGAUGGCUGGCGGCCAAGGACCGCAUGAUGGCCGCGCUCGGACCCAUCUCGACAGACUCACGUAUGGUGCAAACACAAGUGCAGCAGGUGCAAGUCCUCCGCGAGGAGUUCCGCAGUCAGCAGCCGCAGCUGUCCCACUUGGAGGAGGUGGCUACCGCUGUACUGGGUCGCCUCGAGCCGCGCUCGCCUGAUGCCGCUCGCUUGCGCCAGAAGGUCCAAGACCUGCAGGCCAGGUGGAACGACCUACUCAACAAGUUGGAACAACGCGCGGAUUCCCUAGGCGCGGCAGCUGAUACGUCGCGCGAGUUCGACGCAGGGCUCGCCCGGCUGCGGGAUGCUCUCCACACGAUCAGCGACAAGCUCGACGACCUCGCGCUCGACACUGAGCCCGACGAACAGCUCAGGAAGAUUGAGAACCUCGAACGCCAGUUAGAAGGUCAGCGCCCUCUGCUGGCUGACUUAGAAGCGGCCGGAGCAGCCCUGGCCGAUGUCCUCUCAGACCCUGCUUCCAGGCAGGACAUUCAAAGCAAAUUGGCAGCCGUUGCCAGGCAGUACGACAACCUGCAAAGGAAACUCGACCAUAAGAAAGCGGAAAUAGAAGCUGCUCUUAAGGAUGGCCGUAAUCUAGAAGAGAACAUAUCCCGAACAUUAGGCUGGCUACAGUCUGAAUUGGGCGCGCUACCAGGUCGUCUCCAAGUCUCCGCGGAUAGCGUGAAGUUGCAGCAUCAGCUCGAACGCCACGAGCCCCUCUAUAGAGAACUGACGCAGCGCGAGCACGAGCUCAUCAUGCUGCUGGACAAAGGCCGCGAGAUGGAGAAGAAACCAGCACAUCAAGGUCUCCGCAAAGACCUGGACAGAAUCCAGACGCAGUGGGACAAACUGAAGCGAGAAAUAGUAGACCGACAGACCAGGCUACAAACCGCUAUGGAACACUGCCGCAAAUACACCAAGGCCCAAGAGUCCUUCCUGCCCUGGCUGUCUGAGGCGGAGGAGCGACUCGCCAAGUUGCCAGCCGCCGCGUUCACCAAGAAGGAAGUGGAGAAGCAGCUCCGUGAGUUGCAACAGAUCAGAAACGACAUCUGGAAGAGAUCUGGCGAGUACGAGAACAACAAGACGCUGGGCGAAACGUUCAUAUCGGCGUGCGACAUCGACCAAGAAAUCGUGAGAAAACAGCUCGACUCCAUGAAGGAGCGAUGGGACCGGCUCAACAACGAGGUGCUUUCACAAGUGGAAUUCUACGAGACUACAGCGCGCAAGCUUGGCGAUUUCGCUGAACGGGUCCGCGCUGUGGAGACUCCGCUGCAGCGCUGUGAGGAGCGGCUGCAAGACGCCCUAUCGGCGCCUCCAGCUGCUGCAGCGGAAGCUGUGGCUCGCUUGACUGACCAGAUACACGCUUUGAGAGCGCCACUGCAGAGCAUCAACGUGGCGGCCGACGACAUCGUGACGCUGGCGCUGGAGUGCUGCGGGCCGGACGCGGCGGCCCGCGCCCGCCACGUGCUGCAGGAGCAGGCGCAGGCGCUGGGCGACCGCCUCGACGACCUGCAGGCGCGCGCCGGCCACGCGCGCGGCAAGCUGGCCGGCGCCGCCGCCGCCAUGACGCACUUCCAGGAGAAAGUAAAGAACCUAGCACACGAUCUAUCCGAGUUGGAGAAAGAAUUAGACGCGAUGAAACCGCCGGGCCGUGACAUCAAGACGGUCAAACAACAGUUGGACGACAUUGGACGCUUCUACAAACGGCUGGAGAAGGCCGACGACCUGGUGGGCGAUACUGAACACGCGGCGGAGAGUCUCGCUGACAGUGGAUACUCUAUGGACACUGGCAAGACCAGGGAUCAGGUGGAAAGUCUCCGCAAGCAGCUAGCUAGACUGGAUGAGCGCGCGCGCUCCAAGGAACAAGACCUGGAUGACACUCUGAGCAAGCUGGAAGCGUUCUACAAGGCCUACGACUCCGUUAUGGAUGAUGUUCAGGAGGCGACGGAACAAGUGCGCAACCUCAAGCCCGCAUCGUCCGAGGUGGAACAGAUCAGAUCGCAGCAGAAGGACUUCGCGGAGCUGAAGCGACGCACGCUGGAGCCGCUCGGGCAGAACGUGGCGCACUGCAACAAGAUCGGCCAGGGGCUGGUGCGGUCCGCGCUGCAGGGCGUCAGCACGCAGCAGCUCGAGAAGGACCUCGAGAAGAUGAACGACAAGUGGAACGCGCUCAAGGAGAAGAUGAACGAACGCGAGCGGCGCCUCGACGUGGGGCUGCUACAGUCGGGCAAGUUCGCGGAGGCGCUCGCCGGGCUCGAGAAGUGGCUGGCCGACACAGAGGACAUGGUCAACAACCAGAAACCACCGUCCGCUGACUACAAAGUCGUCAAGGCGCAGCUGCAGGAACAGAAGUUCCUCAAGAAGAUGCUGAUGGACCGCCAGAACUCCAUGUCGUCGUUGUUCGCGAUGGGCAACGAGGUGGCGGCCGGCUGCGAGCCCGCGGAACGCAAGGCUAUUGAGAAGCAACUCAAGGGUCUGAUGCAGAGGUUCGACGCUCUCACCAACGGAGCACAACAGAGGAUGCUCGAUUUGGAGCAGGCUAUGAAGGUGGCGAAACAAUUCGAAGAACAACUCCAACCUCUGGUGGAAUGGUUGAGCCUCACGGAACGCAAGGUGAAGGCGCUCGAAUUAGUGCCCACCGAUGAGGAGAAGAUACAGCAGAAGAUCAGAGAGCACAAGAUAAUACACGACGACAUCCUCUCCAAACAGCCACCGUUCAAACAGCUGACAGAGACGGCAUCUAUCCUCAUGGGUCUGGUUGGAGACGACGAGGCCACCGCGCUGGCUGACAGACUGCAGGCCGCCACUGAUAGAUACCAGACUCUGGUAGACCACAGCCUGAACAUCGGCACCCUGCUGGACAGUUCCCGCAAGGGUCUGAGGCACCUCGUCCUCACGUACCAAGAUCUCUCCGCGUGGAUGGACGGCAUGGAACAGUAUCUUGCCAAGAGAAAGGUCCUGCCCGUACAUAUGGAGAAACUGCUCCGGCAGAUGGACGAGCUCGCAGAGAAAACUGAAGAGAUAGCUGCCAAACAAGAAGCCGUGGACAGCACAGUCGAGUCAGGGUUGGAGCUGAUGAAGCACAUCUCAGGAGACGAGGCCCUUCAACUCAAGGACAAGCUGGACGCACUGCAGCGCCGGUACAACGACCUGACGAGCCGAGGGGCGGAACUGUUGCGAGUGGCGACCGAGACUCUGCCACUUGUGCAGCAACUGUAUAACAGUCAUGGAAAACUGACUGACUGGAUGAGUGGCGCGGAAUCGUGCCUACAGUCAGUGGAACCACGCGAAGAAGACAUCUUGAGACUGGAGGCUGAUCUCCAGGAGUUCCGGCCUGUACUCGACAACAUCAACCUCAUCGGGCCCCAGCUUUGUCAGAUAUCGCCGGGAGAGGGCGCCACACACAUUGAAGGCAUCGUGACCCGUGACAACCGUCGGUUCGAUGCUAUCGCAGAACAAAUACAGAGGAAGGCGGAGAGGCUCCUGCUGAGCAAGAAGCGUUCGCUAGAAGUAGUCGGCGAUAUGGAGGAAGCGAUUGAGUGGCUCAGAGCCGCAGACGCUCAACUCCGAGACGCUGAGCCGCCGAGCAGUACUCCUGCGAGAGUUCGCGCUCAACUUAAACAAAUGCGGCCGCUUAAUGACGAUGUCGCCGCUCAGAGAGUCCGCGUCAGAGAUCUACUCAGUCAAGCUAAGAAGGUGUUGCGCGAGUGCCAGUCGUCGGAGGAGACGGGCGUGAUCCGCGCGCGCAGCGAGGAGCUGCGCGAGGUGAUGGAGGAGGUGGGGCAGCUCGCCGCCGACCGCCUCGCCGCGCUCGAGCACGCGCUGCCGCUCGCCGAGCACUUCGCCGACACGCACCACGGUUUGUCGUCAUGGCUGGACGAUAUGGAGAAACAGAUCGAGAUGCUGGCUAUGCCGGCGCUCAGGCCCGAGCAGAUCGUGCAGCAGCAAGACAAAAAUGAGAUGUUGCAAUCAUCGAUCGCCGGGCACAAGCCUCUAGUCGACAAACUGGUGAAGACUGGCGAAGCACUCGCGCGCCUCGUCGGUGAAGAAGACGCAGUGAAGGUUCAAGAUAUUGUGGAGAAUGACUGCGAGCGAUACAACGCAUUACGGGCCGAGCUCCGACAGAGACAGCAGGAGUUGGAACAGGCGUUACAAGAGUCGUCGCAGUUCUCUGACAAGCUGGAGGGCAUGCUGCGCGCGCUCGCCGGCACUGCCGACCUGCUGCAGCGAGCGGAGCCCGUCUCUGCACACCCGCCUAAGAUACAGGACCAGAUCGAGGAGAACAACGCGCUGGCGGAAGACUUGGAAAAGCGGCAGGAGGCGUACGACGCUGUACAGCGCGCCGCCUCCGACGUCAUCAGCAAGGCCAACAAGAGCGACCCCGCCGUGCGGGACAUACGCAACAAGCUCGACAAGUUGCACAAACUAUGGGAUGACGUACAAAAGGCCACGAACGACCGUGGACAGUCGCUGGACAGCGCGCUGGAGGUCGCCCGCAAGUUCUGGCAGCAACUCAACGCCGUGAUGGCCACCCUGGCCGAGUUAGAAGACACCCUCACCGCUCAGCCACCGCCUGCAGCACAACCCAGAGCCAUCCAAGCUCAACAAGUAGCCUUACAGGAGAUCAGGCACGAGAUCGACCAUACUAAACCUGAGGUGGAGAAAGUCCGCAAGACUGGUUCAACCCUGAUGUCGCUAUGCGGUGAACCCGACAAACCAGAAGUCAAGAAGCACAUGGAAGACCUGGACAACGCCUGGGACAACAUCACGGCGUUGUACGCGAGACGGGAAGAGAACCUGAUUGACGCUAUGGAGAAAGCUAUGGAGUUCCAUGACACUUUACAAAAUCUCCAAGAGUUCCUGGACACCGCUGAGGAUAAGUUCUCACGCAUGGGUCCUCUGGGCUCCGACAUCGACGCCGUCAAGCGACAGAUCGCUCAGCUAGCCAACUUCAAACAGGAGGUCGAUCCACACAUGGUCAAGGUGGAAGCGCUUAACAGACAAGCCCAAGAACUGACGGAGCGUACAUCGUCCGAGCAAGCGGCCGCCAUCAAGCAACCGCUGACUGAAGUGAACACGCGCUGGUCGACCCUCCUUAGGGGUAUGGUGGAACGCCAGCAGCAGCUGGAGAGAGCUCUGCUGAGACUUGGGCAACUGCAGCACGCGUUGCAGGAACUCCUCACCUGGAUACAGAACACCUGCGAUACCCUUGACACCCUGCGCCCUGUGGCCGGCGAUCCCCAAAUCUUGGAAGUGGAACUUGCCAAGCUCAAGGUGUUGGUGAACGACAUCGCGGCGCACCAGGCCAGUGUCGACACGCUCAACGAGGCCGGCGCGCAGAUCGUGCAGCAGGGUACGGGUACAGAGGAAGCGGGUGAAACAGCUGAAAAGUUGGCAACACUGAAUAGGAAAUGGCGUGAACUGCAGCAGAAAGCCAGAGACCGCCAGACGGAGCUCGAGGAUGCUCUAAGAGAGGCCCAGAGCUUCAAUGCCGAGAUUGGCGAUCUUCUAUCGUGGCUCUCCGAAGUGGACGGCGUUAUCGCUGCUUCUAAACCAGUCGGCGGUCUGCCCGAGACUGCUUCCGAACAGCUCGAGAGAUUCAUGGAGGUAUACAACGAGAUCGAAGCCAAUCGGCCGAAGGUAGAAGCUGUACUGCAGCAAGGUCAAGAGUACCUCAAACGCCAGGAAAAACCCAACCCAACCUCGCAGCUCCAUCACAAUCUGAAGACCUUGAAGACCAGAUGGGACAGUGUCACCGCCAGAGCGUCAGACAAGAAGAUCAAACUGGAGAUAGCGCUGAAAGAAGCGACGGAGUUCCACGACGCGUUGCAAGCAUUCGUGGACUGGCUCACCAGCGCUGAGAAGACCCUCACCUCCGCCAAACCCGUCUCCAGGGUCAUGGAGACCUUGCUCACCCAAAUCGAAGAACACAAGUCCUUCCAAAAGGAGGUGGCCACUCACCGAGAGACGAUGCUCCACCUGGACAAGAAGGGUACCCACCUGAAAUACUUCAGCCAGAAACAGGAUGUGAUCCUCAUCAAGAAUCUGCUCGUCUCCGUGCAGCAUAGAUGGGAGAGGGUGGUCUCCAAGGCGGCCGAGAGGACGAGAGCCCUCGACCACGGUUUUAAGGAAGCUAAAGAGUUCUCCGAUAUGUGGAACAACUUGAUGAAUUGGCUCACUGACACUGAACAGCAGCUGGAUCAACUCAACUCGGAAGCCACAGUCAAUGACCCAGAGAAAAUCAAACAGAGGUUACACAAACACCGUGACUUCCAAAAGGCGCUCGCCGCUAAACAGCCCGCCUACGAUCAGACCAUGAAGACGGGUAAGCAGCUCAAGGACAAAGCGCCCAAGGGCGAUGAGAACACGCUCAAGACGAUGAUAAGCGAUCUCAAAUCUAAAUGGACCACUGUUUGCUCGAAGGCCGUGGACAGACAACGCAAACUCGAAGAGGCGCUGCUGUACUCUGGCCAGUUUAAGGACGCGAUGUCCGCGCUCCUCGAGUGGCUGAAGAAGCAACAGAAAGAACUUGGCGCAGACUCGCCCGUGCACGGCGACCUCGACACUGUUAUGGCUCUCAUUGAACAACAUAAGCAAUUCGAAGAGGACCUCCACUCCCGCGAGCAGCAGAUGCAGUCGGUGCUGAAGACCGGGCGUGAACUGCAGGCCACGGUACCAGCGGAAGAUGCCGCCACCAUCCGGCAGCAGUGCAGCGAACUGCAGCGCGCCUGGGACCAGGUGCUCGGCCUCAGCGAGAAGAAGGCUCACAAGCUGGAAGGCGCCCUCAAGGAGGCUGAGAAACUGCACCGCUCCGUCAACAUGCUCCUGGAAUGGCUCUCCGACGCCGAGACCAAGCUCCGGUUCUCCGGGCAGCUGCCUGAAGGCGACCAGGAGACACUGCAGCAGAUCAGGGACCACGAGCGGUUCAUAUACGAGCUGAAAGAGAAGCAGAAAGACAAGGAGGAGACCAUCACGCUAGCACAUUCCAUACUGGGCAAGGCCCAUCCCGACGCGGUCACCGUCAUCAAACACUGGAUCACUAUCAUCCAGAGUAGAUGGGAUGAGGUAUGGCAGUGGGCGAUGCAGCGCGGCGGCAAGCUAGAGUCGCAUAUGCAGAGCUUGAAGGACCUCGACUUGGUGUUGGAGGAGCUGCUUAAGUGGCUCAUCGGCUUGGAGAGUACUCUGCUUUCAUUGGAAGCGGAACCUCUGCCAGAAUCCAUCGAACUGCUGGAAAAUCUUAUUGAAGACCAUAAGGAAUUAAUGGAACACACGCAGAAGAGGCAGAACGAAGUCGACCGCGUCUGCAAAGCGUACCAGGUCAAGACACAAAGCCAAGGCCGCGAAUCAACACCAAGGAAAGUGUCGGCCAAGAGCGCCACGAAGGGCGCACCUGGGCGUGGAUCUCAGCACGACCUCAAUAGAGACAGAUCUGUAUCACCCGACUAUUACGGCACUAGACGUUACAGGUCCCGGAUACACAGUCGAAGUAGGAGAGGAAGCCGUGUGAGUCCCGGCCGGGACAGUCCGGACCGCGUCCUGCCGCACUACGGACCCAGGUUCCCACCGAAGGGAAGCAAAGGCGCAGAGCCUGAGUUCCGUUCAGCGAGAGUGAAACAACUGUGGGACAAAUGGCGUACAGUGUGGCUGUUAGCGUGGGAGAGACAGAGACGGCUGCACGAGCGUCUCGCUCAUUUAAGGGAACUGCAGCGCGUGUCGAACUUCAGCUGGGACGACUGGAGAAAGAGGGUGAGCGACUAAAAUUUUUUGUAACUCUA